GCCCCGCCACUGAGAGCCGGGGCAGCAGCAGCAGCAGGAGCGUGGCUGUGGGUGAGGGUUGGGGCAGACUGAAGCAGCAGUGUGGGCCGCGGCAGCCAGCCAGUCGGUGGUGUAGUCUGUCACGCGUACCUUGCCUGUGUCUCGCCCUCGCCCACACCCGCACGUGUUGGCCCACCACACCACCUCGGAUACGCCCUCACCUGCCGGCCAUCCUUGGGUCGUGGGGACCCAGGUGUACACGCCUACAGCAAAUAUUGAACUCUGACAAGUUAAUUGAAUGUAUUUAAUGUAUAGAGAAGAGUGUAAGUUUCAGAAGGUGAUACAAUGAGUGGGUGAGCGUGUGGUUAUUUUAGCGUGUAUAGAGGAGAGGACAGUCAUUAUGUGAUUGAGGGAGUGUUGUUGCCGGCGUGUGACGUCAUGUCCGGCGGGCGCCACGCAGCACCCAUGAACCAGGAGGCGGGGCGGCGACCCCCGGGGGACCGCCAGGGGGCGAAGAACCCUCCCACCACCACCGCCCCCUCCCGCACCAGCAUGAGCGGCCUCCUGCCCAGCCCCGUGGUGUGCGGCGACGAGCCCAGCCUCGUUGCUCUCUUCCAGAACGGUACCUCCAAGCGCCUGCUGGACGGCUAUGACAACAACAACGUCAAGUACAACGGCGCCGCUAGGCAACAGGAGAACGGCGGGGGUCGACUGGGCUUGGUAAACGGCGAACGGUCCUCAGAUUCCGAGGAUUCCGGCGCCACUUCGGGCGCGACGAGCGGGAAGGAGGCGAGCCCGGGCUACGAGGAGAGCUCUGGGUCGGAACAGAGCAGCAACCCGCCGCUCUCCGAGGAGAACCGAGUCGAGGAAGACAUGGAUCCCAACCCGAGACUCAUCCGCACCUCGCUGCCCAGGUCCCAGACCACACCCGUCUUGAACGGUGACCACACGCUGGAUGACGCUCUCAGGCCCCUCACACACUAUGGACAAGAGUCGCCCAACAGUGAGACUGCCAGGUUUAACAAUGGCUUGAACCGCAUCCGCGCGGCGCACGAGAUUAACGUUAGCAAGCUGGCCUACCUUGAAGCUUUGUUUCAGCGAGCCAAGCUGGAAGAAAUGAGACUGAAAAGCCUCACGGGGAACACUCACAACAGUGAUAAACGGACGCAUAAGCCAAUGAGCAAAAGUUUACAGAGUCCAGAAAGUGGCUACAAGUCGUUGCCGUCGUCAAUAUCGGACUACGGACUCAGAAGCUACGCCUCCGGGACUAUCUCAGCUACGGCCAGCAACAGCAGCUGCGGAUCCACGUUACCGGACGGCCAAGCGCUGCUACGGACCAUAGAGAGCCGGCUGCAGCUAGCUCGGCCGCAGGAGAAGAGCAGCGGUCGGUCGCUGUACCAGUGUGGGGGUAGCAGUAGCGUGGGCAGUCUCAGCCGCCUCACAGGACCCAGCCCAGCCACCAGUGGCACCUCAACACCUGCUAGGUUCGUUUCCCCUUCGCGAAAUGAUGUUCCGGGCGCCUCGCGAGGCUCCUCUGCCACUACGCCCAGCAGCACGCCCGCCACCACGCCCGGGGGCACACCCAAGCGCCCUGAUGGCCUGGGGCGUCCUACCGGCCACGUCAGUCAAAGGUCGCUGCCACACAACUACCGUAGCCGCUCCGCCUACAGCUCCCCAGCGGUGUCGCCCCAACGAGGCCCCGACCCCGCGGGGCUCCUCGUGUCUCCCUCAGGUGGAGGGCCCGCCCCACGCAGGUUCUCCAGUCUAGAUCUGCGGGGCAGGGCACAGCUGCGUCAACUGCCCCUGCGACACACAUCUCAUGGGUACCCGACGUGUGUGCUGCCCAUCAGCCCUCCCUCACCUGCCCAGGGCACGCAGGCAUUCCACCGCAAGAUGCAACUCUUCUUCGAGAUUAUGGACACACAGUCGAGGUUUUCUCAGCUCGCUCAGUACUCCUCAUUUGAGCAGUCCCAGCUAAAGGUAGGUACAAAGAUUUUCCCCCUCACAUUUGGAGCCUUCCUUUCCCGUUAGAAUAGUGACAUUGCCCAUGGUUAUAAUGACUCAUUUUUUAAUCGUAAGCAAAGGGAAGUUAUCGUUCUCCAACAGGCAUGCCGUGCCCUUGGAGAAGUUAUAAGUCUGAUAGGUGAAGUUGUUUUACUGACCAGGGAAGUUGUAAUGAAAGGGUAAAGUAAUAUUUCUGGAGCGAUUUUCAUCAUGCUGUUGAUGAAUGAGUUGAUUGUUUGUGCUUAAUGGGAUAG